GUUCGCUUUUGCUGCGUCAAUUUACCUUUCAACACCGAUUUGAUUACCUUUUCAACUUUCGUUAUUGAUUGCGUAUGCUGAUGCUAGCAACGAAUUCAAGAUGAGCUCGCUCGCUCGCAAUCUUAGAUGAUUCUGUUUGUGCUAUUUUCAUUUUUAAAAUUAUCUUAUUCUGUUUGGGGAGAUUUGGAAUUUUCCUUUUGAUUUGAUUAGUGUAUUCGUUUGAUGUGAUCCUUUAUGAGGAUUGAGGAGUUAUCCGUGUAUGUUUGGCAGGAGCAUUCAAUGAUUGGCGCUGGUGAAUAGUAGGAAGUAUAAUCUGACAACUUUUUACCUAGCUGUACUUAUUUUGUUGGUGCAAUUGAGCUAGUAUGCUACCUUGUGGAAUCUAUUUCGUUGAUUGUAUAUCUAAUGAUAGUGAUCAUAAGCAAAACUUCCUAAGAAUUUAUCGGAGUAGGUUGUUGGGGCAGAAUGCUGUAUUGGUUGUUUGUUUCUUUGCUGAGGAGAUGGUAAGAGAUGGAUGAUCAGUCAGGUUAAGCUAAUUAACCAGUUAUUGAAAGGGAGAGCGUUUUACUUUUACUGUAAUUAAAAAUCUAAAUCAUAUGUAUGUCUAUGAGACAAAAGUAUGGAUGAUGAAUUAGUUGAAUGCAACCACUCUAUAUGCUAAGUUUUCUUUAGUGGAGUUAUUAAUUCAAACUGAUGCCUGUUUCCAUGUUAAGCCUUCUGAAUUUUUAUAUAUCUCCAAAAUUGUGUGGCAAAUUAACAGGAGCACUUCCUGUGAUUUUUCGUACUGUAUAUCGUUUUCAGUUAUUGCUGUUCUAUAAUUAGGGCUAUUUACUUAUUCUCACAAACCUAUGUUGUUGUGUUUUUUUGUGCAGAGAUUAAAGCAAUGAUCAGAAUACCAGGGUCUUCAGGUGGAUGAAAAAGAUAAUUUUACAGAGAUGGGAGGUUGCUGCUGUUGCUGUGCGUCUGAUGUAAAUGAGCGUAAUAGGUCACCUCCAUUUUUUCAUUUCUCUUGUAUUGAUGUCAUUGCAUGAAGCAUCCAGUGUCUGAAGAGCAUGAACCCUUAUCAUCGCAUAACGAAAUCUCUGCCUUCUCUACUGGGCUAUUGGUUGAUACAAAUCUAGACACGUCAGUUCCAGACACUUACCGACCACCUCCUGCGCCUAUACCUUAUGAAACAUAUAUAGGCCGCCCAUCUACACCCUCCAGAAAUCAAGAAGAAUCUGGACAUGAAACCGAAGUGGCUUUGGGCAUCACUAAUGUAGUGCGUGUAGAAGACAUAAACCAUGGAAGCCCAUUGGAAACUAAGGUGAAGAAACAACCUGAUAAUGAAGAGAAGGAUGUUGACCUAGAAGCAUCAAAAUUAAUGGAAGAUGAAAGUUCAGAUGAGCUUAAAAAGUCCAGCAAAGUUCUUGAUGCACCUAUAGUAGAUGAGGAUGAUUGUCCAAUUUGUCUUGAAGAAUAUGUUGAAGACAACCCAAAGAUCCUCACAAAAUGUGAUCAUCAUUUCCAUCUUGCUUGUAUACUUGAAUGGAUGGAAAGAAGUGAUAUCUGUCCUGUGUGUGAUCAGGAAAUGGUUAUCAGUCCUGCUGCAGGAGUUUAGUUGCUGUACAUACUGUAUUACGUUUUACCUACUGUGUGAUAAUAGACAAUGAAUGAACCUGCUCAGUCUGUUUGGCACAUCCUUAGCUUGUAGUUUGCUCAUUUUGUCUUGUGAAACGUCUGUAAAUUUGAUUCACUUUGGACCGUGAGAGGAUCUGAGGACUCGAGGAAAAGGGCAAAGGAAAAGGAAUGGGGGGUUGCUCAAGAAUUUUAAGUUGAAAGGUUUCGGGCAAAGUAGCCGGUAAAAUUUUUGAUACUCUUGCGCAUAUACUGCAAGGAAGUGAAGAAUAUAUUUGGUACUACUUGACUAUUUACUGGAAGAGAAGAAGCGUUUUCAUAUCCAUUGCCUUUAACAUUACUAUUGCUAUUGGUGCAAUGGCUUACUAAUCCUGCUGCAUCUACUACCCAUGGUUGUUUCGUCUUUAGCAGGUUGGUAUCCUACACUCUGAUCAUUGUCCGUAUCCUGCGUUGAAACUUCGAUCCCCCUUUUCACAAACAAUCAUCCAGGGUUGUCGUGGUGAAGGUUUUGUGUUCUAGUUAGAUGUAAACAACAUGAUUGCAUGGAUUCAUUUGUACAGAAGAUACAUAUUUUGGACUGCAAUCUCAUACCUAAUUAGUUUGUUGAGUCCUUGCAACACCAGCUGUUUUUUGGUUGGAUCAGACAAAAGAUGUCUUGAAAUUCUUUCGAUGUUUUGUGAAAUUUUCAAAUCCUGGGGGAGUUGUCUA